GAACACUCUUUCAGUCUUUUGGCAAGUCAAGUCAGGUUUUAUGUUUAAGCAAGAAUGCACUCUAUGCUUAAGCGAAAACUGAAAACUGCCAAUUCCUCACUCCACCACUCAUUUAGCCCCUCUUCUUCCUUCACUUAUAUUUAAAGAUAAUCCCAAAGUAUGUCUAUAAACUCAGACCAAAAAAUGGACACGAAAGAAGAAGAAGAAGAAGAAGAUCACAGAGAAGAAGAAGAUGAUGACGAAGAUGAUGGAGUACAAAAAAAGGAAACCAUCUCAGAUCAAUCACCACACACCAUCCACGCUUCACCUACUCAAUCCCACAUCGACAAAGAAGAAGAAGAAGGAGAAGAAGGAGAAGCAAAGUACACCAUCUCAGACCAACCAUCACUAUCAUCACCUCCUCAAUCCCACAUAGACCACAAACCCACAUCACCACCAAAAGCAUAUACCCCAUCAUCCUCAGUCUCUUCUCUUUGCUCCAACUCCAACCCAUCCUCUCCUCCCACUUACAGCCAUGAGUACAAACUCCCCUCCGCACCCAACAGAACCCCACCACCAAAACCGCUGGCCGCGGUGGCUAACCGGUCGUUCAAGGCUGACCCACUUGUGUUCACCACCAGGGUGGACCCAGAAGCCCAACACGGCUACACCAGCGUUAGAGAAGUUCAAGAAGGGGUUGUUGUUGAUGUUGAUAGUGGUUUUGGUGUUGGUGGUGGUGGUGGUGGUAGUAGAAGACUGAGACCAGAUCCGUCUAUUCUCAAGAAGACGAGGAGGGACAACAACAUGAUGAAGAAAACGUUUUUGGGUUUAAGGAUUUGUGCGUUUGUGUUUUGCUUGAUCUCCUUUUCGGUUAUGGCGGCUGACAAGCAAAAAGGUUGGGCUUUGGAUUCCUUUUACUGGUACAAGGAGUUCAGGUACUGUUUGGCAGUGAAUGUCAUAGGCUUUGUAUACUCAGGGUUACAACUCUGUGAUUUAGUCAAGUAUUUCACCACCGGAAGACAUAUAAUCCACCACCACUUCCGUCGUUACUUUGAUUUCUCUAUGGACCAGAUGUUGACUUAUCUUCUUAUAUCAGCCUCAUCAUCGGCUGCCACCAGAGUUUAUGUUUGGCAAUCCAACUGGGGCAAAGAUGAGUUUCCUAAAAUGGCAAUUGUGUCCGUGGGAUUGUCCUUUGUUGCAUUUCUGGCCUUUGCGUUGAGCUCUCUCAUUUGUGGUUAUACCCUUGUAAAAUUUCAUAGUUAAACAUGAUUGCCAAUGUCUGGCCAUAUCAGUAAAUCAUACCAAGUCCGACUUAUGAAGAACUAGUCUUUCUAUUCCCUGAAAAACUAGUUUGUUGAAAAGAAAAAUUAAUGAAAAUGAAAUGUUUUAAAGCUU